AUGUUGUUCACGAUGCUCAUCACCAGAAUCUUGUUCUGUCUCGUAACCUUCGUCACCGGCGCUCCCGUAAACGUCGAUCCUCGGAAACCACCACCAACACAGGGCCCCGGCGGAUAUGUCUCAGUGCCUUCGUAUUCAUCGGCCAGCUGUGGCCUGGUAACCCCCACCGCCCAGACCUGGAGGCAGAACCUACCGAACAUCCAGGUAUUUGCCGCCGCGCACUGGACCGGCUAUCUGAACGACCCAGGCUACAACUCAUUCCCGCACUAUCUUCGCGACAAGCUUGCGCCUAAUGUAGCGCCAAGUGCCUCCUAUUGCGACACUGUCGGAGGAUGCAGCUUCUCUUGCCAAGCUCUUGAUCCCUCGCUGUCGCAACACGAUAGGCAGAUGGCUUACUUCCUCUUCGAACAGAUUGGCGGUGUGGACCACCUGUUAAAGAGCCUUCGCGAAGGCUUACAGGAAGGUGCAUUGUAUGCGGAUGGACAAGUGCCUUCACUUGUGGCGAGAUACAGCGCUGCAUCACGCAUCUCGACGCAAAUUCAACAGGAGAAGAACGACCACAGGAGGAUGGAGAAGCUCGGCAUGACCGCCGUCUCCGCUCUACUGAUGAUGGCUGGUGGGGCACUAGCUAUCCCAGGUUUCAUUGGACUCGACAAGACUGCCGCACCUUCGAUGGUUAACAUGGCCGCGUCUACCUACAUCUCCGUCGUCGGCACAAUCAACACCGCUCGAGCUGACCCUGAGAAGCUUCCUGACAAUAUCGAGGAUGUUAUACGCUCAUCCCUAAACGACUUUCGCCAUCACAGUAUGAUCAGCAUUGCACAUGAGUCGAAGCAGCUCAUGGAAGGGGACAAGAACAACCAUGGACAAGACCUGCUCGGUCUCAUGCAGGGUCAAGACUUCUUCAGAAGAGAUGGCAAUAUCCAAGAGGAUAUCAUGAGGAUGUCCGAGAAGGUCUUCAAGCAUGCUGUGAUCAACGCAUUGUGGCAAUGGGAACGGCCCUAUAUCGUUGAUGCUGACGUCCCUACAGGUGCCUGUGAGGUGGACACUCGUGGACCGACCGAGAACCGGAUUUGCUUGCCGGAACGUCCGGAUCACUCAUACUGGAUAUACGCCUUGGACAUUUCGCAGGAGAACGACCCUGGUAAAAACCACAAAGCGUUGAUUCAUGGCCCCACUGGAUAUCGAAACUUCUUCGAAGGACAGAACUCCGACGUCUACGGAGCUACCUUGGAAGAUGUCGUCCGCUCAUCCCUUGCGGUUCAUGAGCACAAUCUGUAUGACGCUCUACAAACUGCGGACUUCCAGACGGUCCAGUCGGCUCUAGGACAGGCGAUGAAUUGGGGCAACGGCCAAUUCAAUCUCAUGGGCGCCUACACGUUAGCGAUCGCACGUAAUCCCCGCGGCGAAGCCAUUUCCAGCGUCUGGUCCACUCACGGUCGGAAUUUCCCUUGCAUGGUCGGCGAGUUCGGCUGGAACGACAACACAUACAAUCCUUACCAAGACCAGACCUUCAACUUCCUGGUGCGAAGUGGUCUCAUGUUCUCGGAAGAUUGGGAGAACCUUUGCCACAACGAAGGCCAUUGCAAAGGCGAUAAUGAUGUCGAUUGGCAUUCCCGACUCGAUGCUCUUCGCAAACCGGGUGAUCCGCCGAUUCCCGGCAGCCUGAAGCACCCGUUCAAGAAGUGUAAGCAGAAGACUAAGCAUGAUUACGGUGACCCUUCUGCGGACUUCAAUCCUCCUCUUCAUGAGAGGGAUCUGGGUGUUAGGUUCGCGAAUGCGACGAUGUCGUGGGCCUAG